AUGAGUGUGUCAAAGCUUGAAGCUUCGAACGGCUUUUAUUGUCCUGAUUUCUUAAAUUUAUUUGGCCAUUAUUGGACUCCAUCUGUUUUUCUUUUUAUUAGCUCAGCGUCUGAUGCCAUAGAAGUAGACGAUACCUCAGCAUCCCAACCAGUUGUUCGUUCACUCCUGAAAGAAUUCAAGCAUUCAAUUUCCUAUAUGGUCAGCAUACGCGCCAAUCGCUUGGAUCAAAUAUCUAUUGCUGACAUAGAAGAUGUUAUCAAUAGAGGGGCCGGUAGAUAUAUUGCUUCUGUUAGAGGGAUUUGGAUGAGAACAUGCAAAAGAUAUUUCAAAUUCAUUGGAAGGUAUAGGAAAUUGAUCGGGGACGGAGUCUUGUUAUCCAGUUUGCAUCAUUGUUAUCCGGUUUGCACCAAUAUUAUAACAAGAGCAUAUUUUAGUAGAAUGUUUUAA